GCCACUGUGAUAAAAUGCUCAGAAUAAUUAAAAUGGUUGUUGCUUGUUUGAUACAACAUCCGCAAAAUGCAAGAAUUUAGUGAAAUUUGGUACCAUGGCUACCAUAGGCGAUCAGUGACGAGCUCAUUGAGCCUGUAUAAGACAGUAGUCGCUAUCGUGGUUCUCAUUUUGUGCGGAGUCCUUAUGGUUGUGGUUGGAGUGACAAAUAACAGCUCGCAUAUGAAAACAGGAGGUUAUACGAUGUGUUGUUUCGGAUUAAUCGCUGGACUCUGUUUUAUUGGUAUACGUUAUUUAAAAAAGACAGCAAGUAAUUUAGAGAAUACAACUGAAGGAAACGAAAGUCCAUUAACACGCAGUGUUGAACACAUUGAGUUGCUGCUGCUUCGCGAGGGACAGAUGGGAAAUAGCGAGGCUCAGACCAGAGGCUUAUCGUCAUCAAGAAGGGAAUUAAACUUUCUUUUGACGAGAAUCUUUGGUUAUCCUCCUUCUUAUGAGGAGGUAACAACGAAUGAUACUUAUGACACCAGGACGCAGGUUCAAUGUGACCCACCGCCAUGUUACACAGAUGAUGAAAUGUUAGCGGAUGUAAGUUUAUCGCCGCCAUCUUACGAAACUGUUGUCUCAAGAACAGUAACAAGUGAAGUGUGACAAAUCUCCCCGCCGAGCCCCCUCAGUUGAUGAAUCGUCCAAAAAGAAUUAUCCUUUCGUUGACUCUUCUGAGCUUCACGUAGGAAAAGGCGAGGCCGAGAGUGGAAGUCAUUGCAAAACUAGUUGGUGGAAGAUUUAAAGUAAAACAUACAACGUUCAGCAACAUUACAAUGUGAAGUACAAUGUAACAACUCUAAUUCCAGAGUUGCAGUCAGCGGUGGAAAGAAUUGAAGUUUCUUUUUACUACGGCCGUAAUUACA